AUGUCUGAAACCUCAGCUUUCAUCUACGAGUCCCCUUUUGCUAAAACCGAUAAAACUGAUGCGAUUCUAGUGGUUGAGGAAAAGAAAUUGCAUGUCAAUAAAGCGAUUCUCUCCUACCAUUCCGACUACUUUAACACCCUUUUCAACUCGGAUUUAAAGGAAAAAUCGAUGCCAGAAAUCGAAAUUAAGGAUGUCAAAUUUGAGGAUUUUGCUACAUUGCUCAGUCUUGUUCAUGAGAAGCCUAUAAUGCCAACACUCGAAAACGCCGAACGCAUUCUAGAACUUUCCGAUCGAUUUUUGAUGCCUUCUGUUAAAAAUGUCGUGGAAAUGUUUCUGAUUUCAACUUCCGAAUUUGGUCGUAAAUAUAGGAAGGAACGAAUGAUGAGAAAACAUGAAAACCUAGAAAUGUCUAAAACUCCAGCUCCUAGUCUCUGUGAGACCAUAUCUGCCGAAUCUAACAAAACUGAUGCAAUUCUAAUUCUCUCCUACCAUUCCGACUACUUUAACGUCCUUUUCAACUCUGAAUUCAUGGAAAAAUCGAUGGCAGAAAUCGAAAUUAAGGAUGUCGAUUAUGCCGAUUUCGCAGCAUUUAUCAGUCUUAUCACUGAUAAACCAAUAGAGUACAAAAAUUUCGAGAACAUUCUAAAUCUUUCCAAUCGAUUUUUGAUGCCUUCCGUUAGAUUUACAAUCGAAAAUUACUUGGCUUCUUGUCAUGAAAUUAGAUUUCCGGAGACAUUCAAAAUCGCUGAUGAGUACAAUUUGGAGAAUCUUAUGGAUUAUCUUAUGAGAUAUGAAACUGGAACCAGAGAGGAAAAUAUUGAUGCGAUACGACGUUUUCUUAGGCGGCGAAGUUGUUGA